UAGUGAAAAAUGAAAUAAGACAUGAAUGCAUCAGUAAAUAAAUAAUACAUAAAUGACUAUGGUUUAUAUUGAUUCAAUUCCACCUCUUGACGGCAGAGGUCCCUAUAUCGUCUUAACCAUUUUAUAUUUCACAUAGAUGUCACUUCCGUGUAGUAGGCUACAGAGAUUUAGUAGGAAAUGAGAAAGGGACAACCACCCCUCUGGUGAUGGGGGCCGAUAGCGGUCCUGGUGCUCCCCCUGCAGUCCCCUGGCGCAAAGUCCUGUACGAGCGCCAGUCAUACCCGGACAAUUAUGUUGACCCCCGCUUCCUGGAAGAUCUGAGGCGAAAUGUCGGAGUUCGUCAGUACCGAUACUGGAAUGUGGUGCGUGAGGCUGGUCUCGUGUCCCAGCAGGUGUCUUGCGUAUCCUUGUUUGUCACGCUGUGGUCCUACAUGGAGCAAGGACACCUCUCUCCCUCUACGUUACUGUCCGCCGGACUGCUAAGUUCCCUGGUGGGAUAUGGACUCUACAAGGUGCUGGGUGGCAGCAGAAGCGAUGACCGGACAUCAUGGGCCGAUCUCCAGAGUGCUGCAAUCUUUUUGGCCUUCACGUUCGGCUUCUCCCCAGUGCUGAAAACUCUCACUGAAUCGGUCAGCACAGACACCGUGUACGCCAUGUCUGCGAUGAUGCUCUUGGCUCACCUGGUGUCCUUCCCUUAUGCCCAGCCUAGUCCCCCAGGUAGCCUAUCUCUGAACGCAGCCCUGUUUGCUUCCGUUUGCCUGGCAUCGCGUUUGCCAGGGGCGCUCCACACCUUUGCCAUGCUAACUUGCGCCCUGCUGGUCUUCGCUUUGUGGCCUUGUCUACUGCACAGACUGACGGAGCACGCCCCUUGGAGUUUCCCCUGGAUAGCCAGCCUGGUGUCAUUUGGUGGAGUGAUGGGCCUGGGCUCCCUCUGGCCUACAGGAGCUCUGUUGUUCGCAUUUGCCCUCCUCACACUCACCCUGAUCUGCCCUCUGUUACUAGUGCGCCUACAGAGGCACAAGGACAACAUCCACGGGCCCUGGGAUGAGGCGGAGAUACGAGAAGACCUUUCCCACUUUUUGAACUGAGACCGAGGGGCAGUAACAAAGUCACUUGCCACUUGUAAUCAGUCUUUGACACUGAAGGGCUUGCGGUAAUUGACUAAAACGAUUGCUACCAAGUUGUCCCUUUUUUAAAAACAUUUAGGUUAACCUGUUUUAAGUAGACAUUAUUGUUGCACUGAGGCCAUCUCAGUUCUCAGGAAUAUGCAUUAUACAUUCCCAAGAAAGAGACUUUUAUCCUUCCAUUUUACUGCUCUGCUGUAUAGAAAGAAUACGGUCAAGAGACUAGGCUAAAUGUUUUUGUACAGUGAUGGCCAAAAGUAUUGGCACCCAUGCUAAAGUUGACUGAAAAGAGGAAUAUAAAAUCAUCUUUUGGAAAUUGAUCUUAAUGCCUUAAGUG